GACUUCCGGGCUGGUCCUGGGCCGCUGGGGGCGCCGCCGUUGCGCGGCGCGGCCUGGGCGGGGCGGCCGGGCGCUCAGGAGUGCGGCAGCGGCGGCUGGAGCGCAGCAGCCGGCCUCUCGCACCGCAGCCUGCCCGCCAGCCCGCCGCCGCCGCCCGGAGUGAUGGCCGGGAGCAGCUCGCUGGAGGCGGUGCGGAGGAAAAUCCGGAGCUUGCAGGAGCAGGCGGACGCCGCGGAGGAGCGCGCGGGCAGUCUGCAGCGCGAGCUGGACUACGAGAGGAAGCUGAGGGAGACCGCUGAAGCCGAUGUAGCUUCUCUGAACAGACGCAUCCAGCUGGUUGAGGAAGAGUUGGAUCGUGCCCAAGAGCGACUGGCAACAGCUUUGCAGAAGCUGGAGGAGGCUGAGAAGGCAGCGGACGAGAGCGAGAGAGGCAUGAAAGUCAUUGAAAGUCGAGCCCAAAAAGAUGAGGAGAAAAUGGAAAUUCAGGAGAUCCAACUGAAAGAGGCCAAGCACAUCGCUGAAGAUGCCGACCGCAAGUAUGAAGAGGUGGCCCGUAAGCUGGUCAUCAUUGAGAGUGACCUGGAACGCGCGGAGGAGCGGGCCGAACUCUCAGAAAGCCAAGUCCGACAGCUGGAAGAACAAUUAAGAAUAAUGGAUCAGACCUUGAAAGCAUUAAUGGCUGCAGAGGAUAAGUACUCGCAGAAGGAAGACAAAUAUGAGGAAGAGAUCAAGGUCCUUUCUGACAAGCUGAAGGAGGCCGAGACUCGGGCUGAGUUUGCAGAGAGGUCAGUAACUAAAUUGGAGAAAAGCAUUGAUGACUUAGAAGAGAAAGUGGCUCAUGCCAAAGAAGAAAACCUUAGUAUGCAUCAGAUGCUGGAUCAGACUUUACUGGAGUUAAACAACAUGUGAAAACCUCCUUAGCUGCGACCACAUUCUUAAAUGUUGCUCUGUUGUUUUGUUUUGUUUUGUUUUGUUUUGAAACACCAUGCUUACCAUGAAACCCCUUAAAUGCAUUUUUAUUUACUUUUACACUGUCACAGUAAACAUCCACGAAAUACCAGCUAGAUCAGGGAAUGGGGAAAACACACACACACACACAUACACACACACACAGGCGAGCCCGUGGCAGGGCCAUAGUGACUUAAAUGUGCCAUUUCCCAGGUUGCCAUUGCCACACUUCAUAGAGAGUUUUGCAACACAGGGUACUCAGCCAGCCCAGGAAUCCUCACGAAAGCAGAAAGAUUUCCACUCAAAAGUGCCAACGAUGUAUUCAACAGGCAGAUUAAUGUUGAAAACACAAUGAGGUGUGGAUUGGUGCUACUUUAAACAAAAAGCCCCACUGUGGUCUUUCGUUCAAUAUUGUACAAUUUAGAAUUCUGUCCAACACUAAUUUAUUUUGUCUUGAGUUUUACUACGAGGUGAGGCUGUGGGUCCUGUAUGCCUGAAUUCACUAAAGCCAGGGAUGUGUAAGGCACGCUGCUCUUGUAAGACUUCUGUCUCCUCCUCAUUGGCACACUUGCGGCUCAUUACAACUUGUAGGAUAGCAUUCAAUGUGGUUUUCCACUCUCCAUUUCUCCAUGUUAAAAUGAAAGAUUUAGGCACUACGUACAAUUGGUAAAGGAAAAACAUUUAAGAGUUUUAACUAUAUGUAAACAUUGUAUAAUGGUAUGGAAUAAAAUGCACACUGUAGGACAUUUUCUAAAAAAAAAAAAAAAAAAAA